AUGGCUGAGGUUGUAGUUAGUCUUGAAUCUGCACUGAGUUUACAAGAGAAAAGCAAUGGUUCAUUGCAGGCUGCUGGCAGAUCAAUAUUUGGAAGAGUGCUUGAUAUGCUUCCAUCUCCUUCAAAUGAAGACAACUUUGCUCAUGGUGAUUCGAAGCUAUCAAGUAAUAGAAACGUUGGUGAUACUGUAGAGGCUGAAAACAAAGAAUUCAUAAUUCUUUUUCCAAGUUUGAGAGUACUUAAGUUUACGGAUUUGAAAAGAGCUACAAAAAACUUUAGUCAAGAUUUGCUCUUGGGUAGGGGACGUUUUGGAGAAGUGUUCUUAGGUUGGGUUGACAAGAACACAUUCGCCCCUUCAACAGAAGGUGAUGGAAUUGCUGUUGCUGUUAAAAAGUACAGUCAAGGUCUUCCAGAAUGGAAGACUGUGGUGAACGUCUUAGGAUGGUUGGCUCAUCCAAAUAUUAUCAGUCUGUUGGGAUAUUGUGAUGAUAAAAAACACAAAUGCUUGCUUGUUUACGAGUACAUGCAGAAUCGAAAUUUUGGUGACUACUUAUUUGGAGAUAUACUGGAUGUUGCCAAACUACUUUCAUGGGAAAGACGACUUUUGAUAAUGAUAGGAGUAGCCCAUGGACUUGCUUAUAUGCAUUCAUCAAAAGAUCAAGUCAUACACCGUGAUGUUAAAACAUCUAACGUAUUGCUAGAUCAGGAUUUUAAUGCAAAACUAGGGGGUUUUGGGAUGGCGAGAUUUGGUCCUGAAAUCGCAAAAAACAGGUGUUACUACACGUAUUAUUGGUACCUUGGGUUAUUUAGACCCGGGGUACCUAAGCAAUGGUCAUCUGAGUGUGAAGAGCGACAUCUACAGUUUUGGAGUGGUGUUGUUGGAAGCUCUAACGGGGCAACAAGCUUGGCAAAGACAUAG